AAUUUCUAAAUUUUGAUAGUUUCUUUUAAUUAAUUACAACUUUAUAGGUUUCUUAUAGUUUAUAAAAUUUUAAACAAAUAUUUUAGUUUAUAUGGAGUUUUCAGUUUUUAAAAUAAUAUUUUCUGAAUUUUAGAUCUUUUUAAAACAAUUUCUCUUGUUUGCUUUUUGAGCGAAAUAAACCGUUAUAAAAGCGGUUACGUCUUCUUCUUCUUUAACCAAUCUAACAGAGAGAGAGAGAGAGAGAAUCAUCAUCAUCUAACUCCUCAAUCAUUAUGCAAUCAUCACUCCCGUAAACUAUCGAAUCGUAUCCUUUCCCUCCUCCUCUCAAUGCAAGAAGCAGAGCGUCUUCUCUGUCUCGCUUCCACGUGAUGUUCUGAUCGGAAAGAAGAAGAAAAGCUUGCUCGUAAGUGCUACUAGCGAAGAUCAUGGUCCUAUAGUCAGCAAGUUAGGUCAGUUCACGAGACGCGUGCGCAAGGCAGCCACAGAUUUGGAAGAAGUUCGUAAGUUGAGAUCAGAGAUGGAGAAGAACACGGUCGAAGUUUUCGAGGAUGAUGAUCUUACAAAUCACUACGGAAGAAUCUUGAUGAAGGAGCAAGAAUGUAUCAUCGAACUACACAUGGCAACCUUGGCCUUAAACCAGCUGGAAAAGAUUCUUUUUGGUGAUGAAUGACUCAAACGAUUUCACUUUUCUAUGGUUUUACUUUUUAGGGUUACAGUGUUGUAUAUAAUUUGCCUGGAUUUUAUGAUUUCAUUGUACAUUUGAUCUUCAUGGUAAAGUGAAUGCACUCGUGGAGUUCUAUGAUAAAUAAGAUGGCUUGUUUUGGUAUGAUUUUAUGUUUGAUCUUCAUGGUAACGUUACAAGUCACUAGAUUAUGCAGAAGAGCAAAAGAUUAAUACGUGACAUUGUUUUCUUCUAAUUCUUUUCAGAUCAUAAGGUUUAUACACAAUUAGCUUAAGCAUUUGGAACAUUAUAAAUGUAAAAAACUCAUAUUGCUGUUUGUCUCGGUAUCUAGCGUCUCUGCCUCUAAUGUCUCUUGCUCUCAAGUCACAAGAAGAUGAAGCUGGACGAGUCCAAGACCUUAGAUUUCCCGUGUGAUUAGAAAGCUGCCCAACCUGAUGCAGCACCUGUUGACUUGGUUGGUCCUGAUCCCUGUGUUGAAGGAAGAUUCUUCUGCAUAGCGAGUACACCAAAAUGGAGAAUUCAGUGGUUUAAAUGUGUUUUGUUGGUUGAUUCAGAUGCUAGUAAGACGAAAAGGUUUGCUUACCUUGAGCUGAGAUAGAUCAGACAGAGGAUCGUUCCAUAUGAUUCUCAUCAUCAUCAUCCUUCGCUGGCCUCUCUUGUCUCUCAAAUGCUCACUUGUCCUCAUCGCUAACUCCUUGUGAAACAACUCACUAAGUGGCACCUCAACUGAAACUGAUGCACCACAAUCACCAGUCUUGUAUUUCUUUAUCUCAGAUCCCUUACAUCUCGCUAUUCUAAGUUUACAUCUCGCUACAUCAACUUCAUCAUCACAUGUUUGUCCUGCCUUUACUGGUGUCACAACAGUGUCACCAACACAUGGGAUCUGCCUUCACAACCUCGUUUGCUUUAGAUAUAGCUUCUUGUGCAGCAACAUGGUACUUGAAAGAUCAGAAGAGGUCACCACAGCGACAUUUGAAUCGAGUCAAACCAACCCGUUUGUUGCAAGUAGUACAUCGGCUUGGUCCUUCCUUUGGUUUCGCUGCUGGUGCUACUACCUCUGCAACAGCUUGUACAGAGGAUGGCUGAACAGAAACAGCCAUGGGCUCGACGCAUAUGGUUGGUUUCAGUGAAGGUUUCCUUUAGGGUGUUACUUGCGACACAAGAUAAUAUAAUAUAGCUAAUUAUUCAGAACCUACCUUGCCUCGCAAACAAAGACAGAAAGCCAACCUACCUUGCCUGUAAGCCAUUCUAUAAAUUGCAGUGUUUGGCGGCGUUGGGGAAAAUAGUGUAAUUGAGAUUUGACUGAUUUUGCCCAAGUAAGAUAACAUGUUUAAUUAAGAUGAUAUGGCAAUUUGAUUGGUUGUGAUAUAUUUUAGUUGAUGUGGCAGCUUUUUUAGAAGCUAAGAAAUUGGUGCCUUUUAUAAAUUGGAGAUAAUAUAUGGAAAAGUUCUAUUUUAUUGUUUUUGUUAAACCCUAAAGCUGAUGGAAGCCAAUAUCAUGAGAUCGUUGAUGGGUUGUACCUCCUUCACGCCGUCGGUUCUCAUCCAAAAAGGAGCCAUCAUCCCCCGCCGAUGCAUCCGCCAUCUCUGCUUAAGGACAGCUGUGUCCGCCCAUGGCUCCUCUUCUGAUGCAGCUAUGGUAAUUGAUAAACAGAAGGUUGCAGUAGACAUCUUACAUGAGAUCAGAACGGAAGUCUCAAGAAUGAAGGAAUCAAUUGGCAUGGUUCCUGGAUUAGCAGUACUCCAUGUUGGGGACACAAAACUCUCCACACCUUACUGGGCAGCUUGUGGAUUUGUUGGCAUCAGAUCAUUUGAAGUUCAUCUAGCCGAAGAUACGACAGAAGAGAAGACGUUGGAAUGUGUCUCAAGCUUCAACGAUGAUCCUUGUGUCCAUGGCAUCCUUGUUGAGUUGCCUCUACCAACGCAUAUGGAUGAGCACAAGAUAUUAAAUGCGGUUAGUAUAGAGAAAGACAUCAAGGGAUUUCAUCCAUUAAAUAUUGGACUGCUUGCUAUGCGCGGAAGAGAACCCUUUUUCCUUCCACAGACUCCAAAAGCAUGCAUCGAGCUGUUACACCGGAACAACAUUGAGAUCAAAGGAAAGAGAGCUGUUGUUAUCGGCAGGAGUAACACUUUUGGUAUGCCAGCUGCUCUAUUACUGCAGAGAGAAGAUGCAACUGUUACCAUUAUCCAUUCAAAAACCAAGAACCCUCAAGACAUUACAAGACAAGCUGACAUCAUAAUCUCUGCCGUUGGUAAACCAAACAUGGUCAGAGGAAGCUGGAUAAAACCGGGAGCAGUCAUCGUCGAUGUUGGGAUUAGUUUUGUUCGAGACCGAAAUGCUCCUGGUGGCUUUCGAUGGGUCGGAGACAUUUGCUAUGAGGAGGCUUGCGAAGUUGCAUCAGCUUUCAUAACUGAUGUUGGUGGCGACGGACUACUGGAAUCAGACAUGCUUCUAUCGAACACUUUGACAUCAGCCAAGAGAAUUCACAACUUCCUGUGACCUUAAAAUUCAUGCAUAAUUUCUUUUCAGUUUUGUUAAAUCUAGGGUUUUCUUCUGGUCGUCCGACAUUGCAGAUUAUCUUAUGUUCUAGUGUGUUUUUGUUGAAGUUAUCUCAUAACUUACUGUGGCCUUAAAUUCAUGCAUUAUUGCUUUUCAGUUUUGUGGUUUCCAGAUUAUAUUUUAUCUAAAACUCAACUUCCCCUAUCAAAAACAAAAAAAAGGAAAACUCCAUUUAGUGGGGAAGGUGAGAGGUUCUCUUUUUGCAGAACAUCUACACUCUCAUACCUUCAAAUACAGCUUCAUAUAUCUCCUAUAUUUUAAUUGAGGAGCUUUCUUUAAGUUGUAACAUUGCUUACUAUGCUUAGGUGUCAUCACCACAUCUUCUUUCACAACCCCUAUUAAAUGCUCUAAACUUACUAGAGAAAUUAAUUGACCCGUUGCUAAUUUUAGUUCGACCAAACCUUUAUAUAAUAUGGUUUCCAUUAUAGAUUGGUGAAAACCGGCUUUUAAUUUCAUAGACCAAUCUAUAAUGGAAACCAUAUUAUAUAAAGGAAGGGGACCGGCGCAUGCGAAGAGGUUUGCCUUUGGGGUAAUUAGAGUGAAUACAAGCGAUAGAGGAUGGACUGAUGAAUGUGUGGGAGAGCCGAUGCCGAGUGUUAAGAAGGCUACAGAUUCUGCGGCUUCUCUUCUUCUUCAGCUUCUCAAUAGAAACUUAUUCCUGACUUUGGUGGCAUUUGGUCACUUGGUUGUAUGGUGUGUCGUUUAUUUUAUUAAGUUAAAAACCAAAUGAGAUUUUCUGUAUACACACAGGCAUGUUCAUUUUGUAGUAUAUUCAAAUCUUUUAUAGUAAAUUAAAUUAAUUGAUUUGAAUCAGCUUCACAGAUGGGUCUUAUUCCCCUGAACUGAGAGAGCUUGUAAUAUAAAAAUGUUGUGCAUGGACCCAGUACUGAAGACACCAAAGACCAAAGACAAAACGCAAAAGUCAUUUAUCAUUCUAAACUGUGUUUAUGAUUUCAAAAAUAACCAGAAUUCAAAAAAAAAAAAAAAAAGACAUACCAUUGGUUAAUGGUUAAUUAACAAUAACACCAGAGACCAGAAGUGGCAGACACAGACAGAGACAAGGGACAAGAGGUGGAGAUGGAGUAAUAUGGUACAGGAAUUGACAUGACCUAAGAAAUGUUCAGAGAGAUUGAAGAAGCAAAUUAAUUACCUCAAAAAAGUCUGUUGGUUAUGUUGAAGCUUCUCCUUCAAGGCGAAGCCUCUUGCAGCAGACCUUUUCAUCACUUUGAUGAUUGUUUGCGUUUCCAACUUGGCUCUCUUUGGCUGCUUCCAUUGAACAUCUCUUGUAUGGCUUAAACCCUGUUUCUCUCAGCUUAAGACUCUUGCUGCCCGGUGGUUCAUCCACUGCACUCUCUUGGUCUGCAUUACAAGAAUCUUGAAUCUUGUUCAAGUUAGGAGGAGGAGGAGGAGGAGCCAAUGGCAUUAUUAUUGACGUCGUAUCGCUUUGUUUUCUUUUUUUUUGCUAAAUUGUAAAUAUCAUUCCAAAGAAAUGAAGGUAUGGUUACAAUAUGAAUUGAACCAGAUUCUCCUUAAAAAGCCAAUCUGCUCCUAGAGACUGCAAAAAAGUUAAAAAAAAGUCCCUAGGAAACACUAGAAACACUCAGGGAGAUUCAUUGGAGCUAAAAGCGAGGGGACUGAAGCAUAGAAAGAGAGUGAAUCUCUUUAAAAACAGGUGAGACAGCAGUAGAUCGACAACUCCAUCUUCUUGCAAUAUGCAUCAGACCGCAAAGGGUUGUCCUCAAGACCCAAGAGCCAAUGACAGGAGAGAAGCUGUGAGAAGACGCCGUUAAAACACCAUGGAUGUCGUCGAUUGAACUAAUAACAGAGGUCCUCCGAGUGGUUAGCCUUGACACCGCUGGUUUCUCCGAAACGGAGAGGAGAAGCUCAAAGAUACAUUGAGACGAGCCCGUCAAAGCCGCACGGGUACAAGCCACGACCGAGAAGGGUAGAGGAGGCAGCGACGCUCGUCCAACUUCUUCGGUAUAUGCAAGAUCAGAUCUGACCCAGAUCUGCUCCGAUUGGUAAAUCAGGGCUGAAACGAAGGCUCCUUAGACACUCCGACAGAGCCACUCCUCGUUGGUGCUCCAGGGGAGCCACAUACUAAUGAAGCUCCGGUUAGUUUGCUCUCGGCGAAACUCCAGAACACCAAACAAGAAGGAGUGCUAGCAAGAAGGA